ACCUGUUCGUUCUGCCAAAGAUCUCUUCAGGUUCACCCUAUUUCUCUCCACUCCGAACACCGAUCGCUCGUUGCGUCAGUCAAGAUGUUCAAGAGCGGCAUUUCCUCCUUCGCCCGCGCGGCUCGCCCGACCUUCGCGGCUGCUGCUCCUCGUGUUAUCCGCCCUGCUUCUCUCCGAUUCCCUAUCAACAGCAGAUUCGCCAGCACUAGCAGUGUCGGUGAUGGCAAGAUUUACCAGGUCAUCGGUGCCGUCGUCGAUGUCAAGUUCGAUGGUGCCAAGCUCCCUGCUAUUCUGAACGCCCUCGAGACCCAGAACAACGGCCAGAAGCUCGUUCUCGAAGUUGCCCAACACUUGGGUGAGAACGUCGUCCGCUGCAUUGCCAUGGACGGUACUGAGGGUCUUGUCCGUGGUGCUAAGGCUUCUGACACUGGUGCCCCUAUCACCAUCCCUGUCGGCCCUGCCACUCUUGGUCGUAUCAUGAACGUCACUGGUGACCCCAUCGACGAGCGUGGUCCUAUCAAGACCGAGAAGUUCGCUCCUAUCCACGCCGACCCCCCAGAGUUCGUCGACCAGUCCACCUCUGCUGAGAUUCUCGUCACUGGUAUCAAGGUCGUCGAUCUUCUUGCCCCCUACGCCCGUGGUGGUAAGAUUGGUCUGUUCGGUGGUGCUGGUGUCGGUAAGACUGUGUUCAUUCAGGAGCUUAUCAACAACAUCGCCAAGGCCCACGGUGGUUACUCCGUCUUCACUGGUGUCGGCGAGCGUACCCGUGAGGGUAACGAUUUGUACCACGAAAUGCAGGAGACCUCCGUCAUUCAGCUUGAUGGCGAGUCCAAGGUCGCCCUCGUUUUCGGUCAGAUGAACGAGCCCCCUGGUGCCCGUGCCCGUGUUGCCCUUACCGGUUUGACUGUUGCCGAAUACUUCCGUGACGAGGAAGGCCAGGAUGUGUUGCUCUUCAUUGACAACAUUUUCCGCUUCACCCAGGCCGGUUCCGAGGUGUCUGCCCUACUCGGUCGCAUUCCCUCUGCCGUCGGUUACCAGCCCACUCUCGCUGUCGACAUGGGUGGUAUGCAGGAGCGUAUUACCACGACCAAGAAGGGUUCCAUUACUUCCGUCCAGGCCGUUUACGUCCCUGCUGAUGAUUUGACUGAUCCCGCCCCCGCCACCACCUUCGCCCAUUUGGACGCCACCACUGUCUUGUCCCGUGGUAUCUCUGAGUUGGGUAUCUACCCUGCUGUCGAUCCCCUUGACUCUACCUCCCGUAUGCUUGACCCUCGUGUCGUCGGCCAGGAGCACUACGAGACCGCCCUCAAGGUUCAGCAGAUCCUCCAGGAGUACAAGGGUCUCCAGGAUAUCAUUGCCAUUCUUGGUAUGGACGAACUUUCCGAAGCCGAUAAGCUUACCGUCGAGCGUGCCCGUAAGAUUCAGCGUUUCCUGAGCCAGCCUUUCACUGUCGCCCAGGUUUUCACUGGUAUCGAGGGUAAGCUCGUCGACCUCAAGGACACCAUUGCCUCUUUCAAGGCUAUCCUUAACGGUGAGGGUGACUCUCUUCCUGAGGGUGCUUUCUACAUGGUUGGUGACCUCGCCUCCGCCAAGGAGAAGGGUGCCAAGAUUCUCGCCGAUUUGGAGAAGAGCGACAACUAAGCGAGCGGCUCCUUUAUUUAUAAUACCAAGACGUGUUAGGGGGUUGGCUUGUGUAUAGAUCAGAGGAAUAGAAGCCGGGGAGGUUUCUUUAAAGCUCCAUCAAGUCUCCUUUGUAGGCUGUGUACUAAGAAAUAAACAAAUUUCCUCUUGUAUUUCACAAA